AUGCGUCGAGAAUAUGAAAGAUAUGAAAUGUCCAAUUUAGAAAUCAUGGAACAAUAUUUUUCACGGGUAACAAAUCUUGUCAACAAGAUGAGGGUAUAUGGAGAAGAUAUUCCUGAAAGUAAGGUGGUGGAGAAAAUUCUACGUACCAUAUUGAUGAAGUUUGAUCAUAUGGUGACUACAAUAAUUGAGUCUCAUAACACAGACACCAUGACAAUUACAGAGUUGCAAGGUAGCAUUGAAAGUCAUAGCAAGCCCCUCCCAGUACGGUGUGGUUUGAGAACGAAUCAAGCAGAAGCUGGAGGGCAUGUGAGAUUCAGACUAAGGUUAGAAAUGCCCGGUAGAGGUAGAGGAGUUAGAAUCACCAAUGACCUUCUAGAGCAAAUGACCCAAGUUCUAGAGGCCUUGGUGCAUGACCAAGAUGCGAAGCCGGCUGAGUAUAGAGGGUUGUCUGCCUUCACUAAGCACAACCUUCCAAAGUUUGAGGGAAAGUUUGAUCCGGAAGGAGCCUAA